UUAUGUUUUUUCGAAUCAAGAAAAAAACAAAUGAAAAAAGGAACUGUGUUCUAGGGCUCCUGUCGCUCCUCGAAGGCUCGAAGUCGAAGGAUAUGGUUUAAAUUGCACUUCAUACAUUGAGGCAUAGUGGGAAAAGAUACCCUAGUACCAAAUCGUCCACCGCCAGCGGCGGCGAUUACUCUCCAGUUUAGCUGGUUUCAUGGACGGAGUAGAGAGCAUAUUAGAUGCCAUAUACGAAGUGGAUAACUUGGAAGAUGUCGAGGAUGUUGAGAUGCUUGAUCUAGAAGAAGGAGAACUUGUGGAGCAGAACUCACAAAUUGAACGGGGACAAAGCAGUGCUGGAGAUGUUAAUGUAGUAAAUCAAGAAUCUUGUAGCAAGAAUCGCAAACGUAAGAAUAAUAAGAGGAAGAAUAGGAGAAGAAAAGGUGGUUCAGGGCCAAAUGUCACAGAUAUUAACAGGUUUGUUUUAGAUGUUUGUAAGCGCUUGAAAGAAAGAAAAUCAUACCUGAUAUGGACUGCUGUGGGUUGUCUAGGUGCAUCUGCUUUGAGUGAUCUUGUCAAAGAGGUGGAUGCAAUUCAGGCUUGUGGAGGCCAGAAAACAGCUGAUGGAAAACGCUUUCGGUCGGGUGGUGGCAUAUUAUGGAACAUCCUCAAAACACGCGAGCCAAAUGCCUACAAAGAGAUAAUGACAAAAGGGAAGGAAUUUGAGAAACAAUUCAAGCAACAGAACAACAGGCAAGCACUGGUGCAGAAAAAAGAAGUUUCUUCUAAAACAACUGCCCAUGCAUUCACGGAUGAGGCUACAGCCAUUGUUUCAGAUGGUGCACAGCUAGUGCCCCCUGUGGAAAACCAACUCGAACAGUCCAAUGCUGGGGUGAAACACAUAUCUGUUUAUGAUAGAAUACGGGUGCCUGUUACAUACGACGACUUGCUUGGAGAGGAGAAUCCGAAAAACAAAUCCACUUGAUCUUCCAAGAACUUAUAUAUUACCAAUUUCUGAUUUUGGAGUUGAUAAACCUUUCCUAUUGUUUGAUCGGACACAGAUGCAGCUAUUGAGGCAACAGAAUAAAUAUUGCUUACACAUCUUCGGGGAAAAAAGAAAAGGAUAGGAAGAGUUCUGUUUUUCCUGUGACAAAAGAAAGAGAAGAAUCCAUUUUUGUUGGAUAGUAUGAAUACUUGGUUCGUUUUGAAACUCCAGUUGAAUUGAGGAUUUUUGUUAUUUAAUUCUGAGCGAAGAUUCUAUACCAUUUUUAUUCUUUAUAUACUUUUGACAUGAAUCAACCGCUGUAUUCAAUUGCAAUGAAGGAACAAUGAACAAUGUAUUUCCCCUCCGAUUUGCAGCAUGUGAGUUACUCACACUGCUUCAUACAAGAGCCAAUAGUAAGAGUAUCAAAGCUGUUGUAAUUAUUUUUUAAUUAAUCUUCCUAUGUUUGCGGGUCA